AGAGCGAGCAUUCCUUCUUCACUCCAAUCAGCAACACGAGAAGGAAGAGAGAGAGAUAGGGCUGUUUACAUUUUGAAGCGCAUCCUUCAGUUACAGUCGCUGCCAAGUAUUGGUAAUUGGUUGUUUUGUUUGCGUCAUAUAAUUUAAAAUAUUUUGGGGCUGUUUUUUUUUCUUUUGCUACGCGCGUCAGCAGAAAUGAUUUGGACGCGGGGGUGAACUUCAGCGUCCUCCUCGCAACGAGCUCCACUUCCACCAAGCUGCAAGUGAACCAGAAGGGACACAUUUACAUCCUCGAUUUUGACUUGGUUCUUUUUUCCCCCCCUCCUUUACCACAUGCUGUUAGCACCGAUUGUCACCAGAGCCAUGUCCAGGAAGAAGACGUUAAAGGGCAAAGCCACCUCCAGGAGUCCCAAAGGGUCGCCAGGUAUGGGCAGGACGGGAAAAGGUCUGGCUGCAGGUGCCUCGCCGACCUCCGGACUGGUUUACCCCAGUAGACCGUCCAUAAGCAGCAGUGGCGAGUUCUACGACAUUGCCUUCAAGGUGAUGCUCGUGGGAGAUUCGGGCGUUGGAAAGACCUGUUUGCUGGUACGUUUCAAAGAUGGAGCCUUUCUAGCUGGUAGCUUCAUCUCCACUGUGGGCAUUGACUUCAGGAAUAAGGUGAUGAGCAUUGAUGCCGUCAAGGUCAAACUGCAGAUUUGGGACACUGCUGGUCAGGAGCGAUUCCGGAGUGUUACACAUGCAUACUACCGUGACGCUCAUGCUCUCCUUCUGCUCUAUGAUGUCACCAACAAAGCAUCGUUUGAUAACAUUCGGGCAUGGUUGACAGAGAUCCACGAGUUCACUCAGCAGGACGUAGUCAUCAUGCUGCUAGGCAACAAGGCCGACUCUAACCAUAACAGGGUGGUGAAACGAGAAGAGGGAGAAAAACUGGCAAAGGAGUUUGGUGUACCCUUCAUGGAGACCAGCGCCAGGUCCGGACUGAAUGUGGAACUGGCCUUCACUGCUGUGGCCAAAGAGCUGAAGCACAGGACCAUGAAGGAACCCGAUGAGCCAAAGUUUCAGUUGCAGGAGUACGUCAGCAAAGAAAUGAGGACUGCCGGCUGCUGCCGCUCGUAGAUCGUGUGUACGUGUGUUUGUGUGCAUGCGUGUGUGUAAAGGUAAGUGCCAGAUGUACCCGCCCAUAAAGUCUGUGCACCAGAGAAGUUUAUUUAUUGUCUUAAAUUUAAUGGUCCCCUGCAACUGUGAAUGUAAAACUGAGCAUACAUGUAUACGCAAACAUGCAUGCACACACACACACAUACAUACAGCCCACUUACACAUUUCUAUUGUCUGUGUUAGUCCUCCCCUCACAGCAUCAUGAAUGUGUCCUGUGCUGUGCUGUGCACAUUUUCAAUAUUUAUGUGAAUUGAAAUUUGUAAGUCUUGUUGAAAUAGAAAUGUAAAGUAGAUAAGUUGAAUAUUCAUUAUGGUAAUCAAGAGAGGGACUAGAAAUUCUGAAGAACACUUUGUACAGAUGUUUCAUUGUACCUCAUAUGAGCAUUGUUUUGUAAUAACUGUUUGAUGCGUAUUUUACCAGCAGAUAAUGUCCAUCCUGGAAAUGUGAUGAGUUACACUACAUUAUAUAUACAGUUUAAAUGUGAUGAUAUUUUAAAUUAAACAAAUGUACAGUAAAAUACUCAUCUGUUUAAGUUCUAAUAACCAUAUUGUAACUGAAUUGAAAUGGUAUUUACAUUAAAGAAAGAGCAAUGAUGAAAAGGAAA